AUGGUGAUUGCGUGCGUGCCAUGGACCGAGCGAGAGAGGCUUGGAUGUUUUACUACAGACAAGGAGUCUGUAGGGCAAGACUAUGAGCAUGAUAGGCUCGUAGAGUUGGACCACAAAUGGGCAAAGUGCAAAAUGUUAGUGAAUUCUGUUGAUGCAUGGGAUGUUGUACUGCAAGCAUGGGAGAAUGUUAUGGAUUGUGAAGAUGAGUUAAAGUUUAACGAUUGUGUUAAUCGUCUUGAGCUUGUUUGCCAGUCAUGGCCUGUAUUCUUUGAUUAUGUUAAUGACUCGUGGAUAAUUCCUUACAAGAAAUACUUUGUGAAGGCUUGGACGAACAAAGUUGAGUCUGCUCACUGGAGCCUCAAGAAAGUUCUUGGAAGUAGUAUGGGAGACCUUUGUUCGUGUUGGGAUGAAAUUCACAACGUUAUUAUCUUGCAACAUAACGAAAUAAAGGCGUCUUUUGAAAGAAGUCUUAAUUUGAUGAGUGACUCUUACAAGGCAUUGAGUUAUAGAAGAUUAGUUGAAUAUAUUUCUAUAUGUGCCUUAGAACUCCUUGCUCCAAAGUUAGAAAGAGUAAAGAAAAUUGGAUUCGAUACGAGUCGUUAUGGCUACAUUCUCAAACAAACUUAUGGUGUUUCAUGUCCGUGUGAAUUAGCACAAUAUGACCCUGGGAUGAUUCCUCUCCAAGAAAUUCAUGUCAUGUGGACUAGGUUGAGCUUCUCAAAUGUGUCCUCUUCACAAUCCGAAGGGCAAUUAUCUAUUCAGAGGGAGGUUGAUCUACUGCUUAAUCUUUUCAAAGAAGUUGACAUUGCAGGAAAAGUCACCAUCAAACAUAAAUUACUUGACAUAAUUUGCCCUUCGAUGACAUCAAUGUUGCCCCUAGCGAGUAAAAUUAAGACGAAGGAUGGACCUAAAAGUCAUCGAUCAAAGAAGUCAACCAAACGUGAUCCCUCAUAUUUUGAGCAUGUUGACGCCUUCAUUGAGUCAUCAAAACAAGACACAUUUGUUGCAAAAACAGAAAACAAGCUGAAGACCAAAGGUGUAAUCCAAGAAAAGAUAAUACCCAUGCUAGAACAAUUCAAUCCUGUUUUUCAACCUUAUAUAGUCGAUGUUGUUGAUGUAGUGGCAGAUGGUCAUUGUGGGUAUAGAUGCAUUACUGAAUUGCUCGUUGGAGGCUAUGAUCGUCUGGAAGAACUAAGAAAGUCUUUGCUAGUUCAUUCACCAUCAGGGGCUAAUCGAGACAAGUGGAUGACUAUACCGGACAUAAGGUAUGCGAUUGCUAAUCGAUAUAAUGUAAUCCUCAUGUGCUUGUCAUCGGUUCAGAAUUUGACGAUAUUCCCACUUCGUACAUCCCCACCUAUUUCGCAAAGUCAACAUCGACUAAUUUGUAUCAAACAUGUUUACGGUUCUCAUUUUGUGCAGGUUCCCUUACAAGAAGGUUGUCCAUUACCGAUGGUGGAUAUCAUAUCAUCUAGGAAUUGUUAUCCAAAGGCAAAGGGGUGGGCAUCAUUUUAUAGAGAUCGGAUGAAGGUAUUCGUAGAUUUACACGUAGUUGAUCGUAGUUAUGUAGAUCUUAUGAAAGACUGA